AUCCAUAAAUAUAUCGCGGAAAAACAUCAUAAAUUUUCUCCCUAUCCAAAUUGGAAUUUUGUCGCGUGGGCCCACUGAUUCCAACACAUCUCUUACAAGAUUUAAUCAAUUUUAAUCCUGUCGUAAUUAAAGGUUAAUGCUAGGAAACUGUUGAGGGGUUUUAGCCGUCUUAGGGUUUUGGGUUUCCAUCUCCUACUAAAAUUCAACUAAUUUUCCUUUUCCCUCUUGAUUUAGGUUUUGAGGCGCCGCCCUUCUAUUUCUUUUGUAUAUAUUAUCACACUUUUCGGUUUAUUGUUAUUAUUAUUAUUUUCUCAAAUCAAAGUUUGUUAUAUACCAAUCUGCGAGAUUUAUUUGUUUGAAUUUGGGAAUUUGAUUCGAUCAGAAAUCAAAUUGGAUGCAACUGAGAUCACCGGAAAGAAGCAGGAUGAGUUUUCCGGAUCCCACACAACCCCCAAAUCCGUUCAUAUCCCCGCCGUAUUCCGGCGGCGACGCUGCUGCCGCAUACUGGCCGCCUUUCUGGGCAGGCUCCGAGCAGCAGCAGCAGCAGCAUCCCGAUUUGAUGCAGCAGUUCCACCAAUCCAAAAAGCCAAGAAUUUCCGAAAAAGCCCCAAAUUUCGCACCAUUCCAACCAAUGAAUCCCAGAAUCAAUCAAACAAACGUUCCCAAUCCUAAUCCCAAUCCCAUCAAUAAAGGGACCAGCCACAUAUUCUACAAAACUCGAAUUUGUGCCAAAUUCAUGGAGGGAAGCUGCAGGAACGGUGAGCAAUGCACAUUUGCUCACGGCGUUGAGGAUCUGCGCGAGCCGCCUCCGAAUUGGCAGGAGCUGAUCAGGGAGAAGGAGAGGGGCAAUGGCGGCGGAGGUUGGGGCGAUGAUCAGAGAAUGAUACACAGGAUGAAGAUAUGUAAGAAGUAUUACAAUGGUGAGGAGUGUCCCUACGGAGACAAGUGCAAUUUCUUGCACGAGCGGCCUUCGCCCCCAUUGAAGAAGCUCAAGGUUGACAUGCCGGGGCAGAGGGAGACCUCUGCUAUCAGCAUCGGAGUCACCGGAAACACCGGUGAACUCGAUCCGGCGGCGCCAGGGUGGAAGAUGAGGAUUUGCAGCAGAUGGGAGAUGGGGCAGUGCAACUAUGGUGAAAGAUGCCAUUUUGCUCAUGGUAACUCAGAAUUGAGAUUUUCUGGUUCGAUCGACGAAGGUGAAUCGGCAGCCGCUACAAAUGCAGUUUCUGCGGCGAGAAAAGUUGCCUCCGUUUGUGCGUUUCCCACAACUUCUGCAGCAGCAGCGGCUGCUGCAGCUCCGACAACCGGAGACGGGGAAGAAAAGAGGAUAUCGAAAUGGAAGCUGACGAAGAAGAUCAAUCGCAUUUACGCCGACUGGCUCGACGAUCUUACGCCGCCGCACCUCUCGCCAACCAAGGAGAUGACUUGAACUAAAAUCAUGUCAUAAAAACGACUUUCUCAACCCUCUACAAAAUUUUGUUAGUAAUUCUUUGCUUUUCUAUUGAUUGAUCUUCAAUUUGUAAGAUUCAAUAAUGUAUUAAGGAAUGCAAUUCGUUCCAAAUUGGUUACUCAAAUUCUCAUAUAUAUCUUUAUUCUUGUACAUCUUCGAAGACUAUACUCGAGUAUAUAGUCUUUUUAAUUUGAAUUUGUAAUGUACUGUUAUAAAUAUAUCUGUAUUUGUUUUAACUGUUCAA